AGCCGUGUCAAGCACAAAUCGUAAUUAUUUCACAAUUUUAUUAUUUAGCGAUAAGCCGAUAAUGAUAAAGCGAUCGUCGACCGGUCACACACUCACACCACGGUAAAGUACUAAAGUUGUAGUGUUGUACGUACGGCUUACACAUCCUUAAUUUCUUACAUUCUCCAGUUCUCCACUCGUACGUGAACAUUCUGAWUGGACAUGUGAAUAGAGCGAUCGCAACGUUUAGCUUUUAUUUUUUUCUCUUCCGUUCCGUAUAUCUACGAUUUAUGCCUAAACCGGAUCCCUGUAAGAAGUUAGCUUGCGCUAUUCAAAAAUGCCUAUCUGAAAAUGAUUUUCAAGAGUCUCGUUGUACCAAGCAAAUAGACAAUCUGCUAGAGUGUUGUAAAAAAUAUCAUACAAUUUCUCUAGUGUGUUCUGGUAUGAAACCUAAAGCAAUAACUAAGGAAAACCAAAAAAUUAAGGAAUAAUAUGUCAGAAGAACAACCAAAUCAACAACAUAAUUAUCAAAACUUUUCUGAUAGAAAAAAAUUAAAAGACUUACCAUUUUACAGACGAUACCCUAGAACAUUUGCAAUUACUGGAAGUACAAUCGGUUUUUUAAUUUUAUUCAGUAAAGGGUUUUAUGAUAUUUUCAAACCAAAUACUGCUGAGGAUAUAAAAAGGAAAUUAGUUAUCGAAAAAAUAAAACAAUUAAAUCUUCAAAAAGAAAUUGAAUCAAGAGCAGUAAAAAGCAAAUAGUAAUGGAUGCAGUUAAUAAAGCGAAAUCACGCUUUAAAAGAUAUCCUGAGCUUUUACUAACAUGUCGCGUCGAAGGUUUAGAAUAUGCUGCAUGUAUUAUACAAAAUGAAAAAGAUUUAAAACCUAACUCUUGUAAAACCCAAUUUAUGAAGUUUCAGAAGUGUUUGGCUUCAAAUGCACUGAAGCUUAGUUCAAGAAUUUAAAUGUGAAUUUAAAUUAGUUGCAAUUAUUAGAACAAAUAAUAUGUAUUUCAUUUGGCAUAUAGUAUUAGCUUUCUUUAUUAGAAUAUUUAUGAUUGUUUUCUCACAAUGGUAUGACAAUGAUGACAUAGGUGUCCAUUAUACUGAUAUCGACUACAAAAUAUUUACAGAUGCAGCUCAACAUAUGUGGGAAGGUAACUCUCCAUAUAUGAGACCAACAUAUAGAUACACUCCAUUAAUAGCUAUGUUACUUAUACCAAAUAUUUUGCUACACAACUGUUGGGGGAAGCUAUUAUUUUCAGCAUUUGAUUUGGCUAUUGCCAUUAUUGUACGUAAAUUAGUUUCAAAAUCCCAUCCUAGUUUUAGUAAUAUCUGUGCGUACUUAUGGUUAUACAAUCCUUUAAGUAUUGUUAUUUCAACUCGUGGAAAUGCUGAUUCUAUUUCUUGUUUUCUUGUUCUUAUAACAUUGCUUGCUCAUAUCAAAAGUCGUUAUAUACUAUCUGCAAUUUGUCUUGCAAUAUCUGUGCAUGUAAGGAUUUAUCCCAUUAUAUAUUGUUUAGCGUAUUAUUUGUCCAUUGAUAGUGAUAAUAAUUAUUCAUCGUUAUUUAAAAUGAUUUGUAUUCAGCUUUUUCCUACYCGCAAAAAAAUAUUAUUUGUUGUCACAUUUAUUUUAUCAUUAUUUGUUGUAACAUGGCCUUGGUAUUACUUUUAUGGGCAACCGUUUUUGGAUGAAGCCUAUUUAUACCAUAGUCGUCGAUUGGAUGUGCGUCAUAAUUUUUCCAUUUACUUUUAUUUUAAUUAUUUACAAUCUAGUUUCAACAAAAUAUCAUUAAUGCAUAGUAUAGCAACAAAACUUCCAUUAUUAAUUCUWUUAGUGUCCACGUCAUUCAAAUUUUCAAGUAUCAAAGACUUACCUUUCUGCAUGUUUUGUUUAUCUUUUAUCAUGGUUACAUUUAACACUGUCAUGACUUCUCAAUACUUUGUUUGGUUUGUGUCAUUUUUACCAUUGUGUUAUCCAUUUAUUAACCUAACAUUUAUUGAAACUAUAAAUCUGGUAAUGAUUUGGGUAGUACCUCAAAUUGGGUGGCUUUCAUUUGCCUAUUGCUUAGAGUUUUUAGGUUUCAAUACAUUUCAAUUAAUUUGGGUUGAAUCACUUAUAUUUUUUUUAGCCAAUGUUAACAUUUUAUCAAUAACAAUUGAUUGUUAUAAAUGUAACAAGUUGAAAAAAAAAUUGUAAAAUAAUUAUUUUUAU